ACCGGAGUAAACCGCACUUCACUUCAGUACAAACAUGGCGUCGUGGAGGAUUACAAUUUACGCCUCUGUAGCGAUAAUCGUAUUUAUUCUCUUUCUUAUUCUGAAUUUUGCUUAUUUACCGAGACGAAAACUCUCUUUAGAGAAGAAUUUAUCGACACAUAAAAGUUGGAGUAGCGAAGGAACGACCAAUGUUCCACUAACAAGGACGUCUGCAGGUUUGAAGGAGGAGGAGAGGGAGCUAACAUUAGAAGAUUUUAAAGCAAGGCAAUGGAACUGCAGUAACACAACUGUGACCACUACGCACACAAGCUCAAAUAAAAGUCAAUCAGUCUGUUAUAACGAACAUACAGACCCUUUCAUGUGCUUUACAGACCCAGUGCAUUGUAAACAAAAAUUAACAAAGGAUGAUCCACGUCAAAUCCAAUGGCCCAAGUAUGGAGAGUAUGAAUAUCUACCAAAAUCCAAGUGGAAGUAUAUCAUUGUGAAUGGAGGAGUUGUGUUCUUGUAUCAUCCAUGUGCAAAACCAGAAUUGGUCAAGAAACUAAAAAGACUGGCAAGGAGCUGUUUACAUCGACAUGUUAUCACUCCAUAUGAAAACCUUGACCCUGCACAGGAUUUUGCGAUUGUUGCAUGGGGAUGUUAUUAUUCUGCGAAGGAGCUCAAUUCAACUGCAGGACGUCAGUGGAUCCAAAACAAUGCAAUGAAAGGCCCAGCAACCCAUGUUACCAACAGUGGAAGCUUUAAUGAAGGGCUUAAACAUGAUGCUCCAAUAGUGUCUGAUAUCCAUGAGUCAGAGCUGUGUCCUUCAGAAUUGUCAAGGUAUGUUAGCAAUCACAAGAAUGAUGCUGAUGGAAAUCCCAAAGACACCUCGCAACAUCCUCAAUGGGAAGGUCGCCUGUCUAUCAAAGCCACAGAACGGUUUGUCAUCGUACGUGGAGAAGACGGAAGACUUCAAGAACGCCGCAAAUUUGACAGCGCGAACGCGGCAUGGGCUCUUGGGAGCCUUGUCUUUCUGUGCGGCUUAAUCGUUGCAUUCAUGCUAUAUGCUAAACCCUGUCAGCAAAAAGAUUACUGGUGGAGAACAGAUGAAAUAACAUAUAAUAGUAACUCCAAAUUUAGCAUCCUUAAAAAUCGACGGUUGUUUUGGAAAGGCAACAAUAGACAGUCAGCAGCGAGUGCCAAGUUGUUGGGAGUAAUUCCAGAAGAAUCGGAUGAAGAAUUGUGAUAAGUGUGUACUUUUAUAUAUUUAUAUUAAAUGAUGCCUUUCAUAGGUUUUCUUCCUCUUUCUAGAGACGGAAAAGAUACCCAUGCAAGUCUGAAUGUUUUUACGAAUUAGGUCAAAAAUUACGCAAAUCUAGAAGUGAUUGAAAAAUGAAUAGUGGAAAAACAAUUAUAUCUGUUUUACUUUCGCUAAAUAACGUGUGGGAUCCAUUUCACAACAAAGUAGUUUUGGAUGACGUCAGUCAAGUGCUUUUCAUGAAAUGCACUUGCUUCACCUCUGAAGUCUCGGGUUCUGGACUCCUUGUAAGUAGUGCUUGUUAGGCCUCUCCCUUGAAAGGGUAUUACCUUAUGUGCGUGAACCUGCUUUUCGUUUUUCAGUCCUUCAAAUUUAAGUGUAAACACAUGGCCCAAGCAUUCGAUAUGUGGUUGCUUUUGGGCUACCUGUGGUACAAGUAACGCUAAAAUAAGAAAUAGGUCUUCCCCUUCUUGUUUUUUAUCUUUAAUUCUCCGAUCAGAAGUCAGCUAUACUUGCGGCUGGCUUCAAUAUAUUUUGCAUCUUUUUUUAAUAAAAAAUGUUUUUCAUACAAAAAAUUCCCAUAAAAUGGGUUCAGAUUAUGUCUAUCUGUCAAAUGAUUUCUAGUGAAGUUUGAAAAUUUAACCCAUACAUAGAUACUGUGAAGUAAAAUCACAAGGGAUUCAAAGUUAAUAAAGGUGUUUAUAUCAGGUUUCUUUAAUUUUUCGGUCCAUAUUCUUAUUUAUGAAUCAAAAGAAUCAUAAACUCAAAUGCCGUGUUCAUUUUAUAUAAUAUCAAGAUAUUUAAUAAAGUUCCCUCAAUGCAUCAUC